UGUACGAAUCUGUCCACUUUUAAGUACAGUUGUUCCUUUGAAACCUUCUCUUGGCUUCUGAUUCUGACUACCUUGGGAUCUAAAACAGAGCACAGGUCCUUCUUCCACACUCAUGGAGAAAGGACUUCUUGGUCAGCUUAAUAUCUGGAGAAGUGGGUAUGAAAAGCAUCGCUAACUGGUGAGUAAGUAGAGGCCUGUAUGACAUUCUCACUUAACUGUAACUGUAAAAUUAGGGGACUGGACUAGGUAGUCUCUAAGGUCACUCCCAGCUCCACAUCUAUGACCCUAUGAAUUAUUUGGAGGUGAAUAUGAGAAGGGGUACAAAGGUCUAAACCUUUGAUUUCAUUGACAUAGGAAACUCCCUUUCUCAAAGUAAACAGGCACAUCUUCUAUAACUUAAUUAGAGAUUGAACCCAUUAAAUUAAAAGGAAAGACUUGUGGCUUUUCUGGCUUAUCAGUAUUACCCAGCUUUUAAAUGUACACCAGAAUCAACUGACUUCCCCUUGUUUAAAAUAAACAUUUAAUCCCAAGGCAUAUAGACCAACUGUGACAUUGUCCAUCUGCUCUGGAUGUGAACUGACACAAGAAGAUAGUAUGCAGGAGGAAUGGAACAAGGUCUGAGUCUGGAAACCUUAGUUCUUGCCUUCUAGCUGAUGAGUGCCCAUGUUCUGCCUCUUGUGCUCACAGCAGCCCACAAAAUAUGGAGACUCCCCGGCACCCCGAAAGUUCAGGCUGGAACAGGCCUCCUGCUGCCCAUCCCAGAGAGAAAGCAGACACCGAAGCAGGCGCAGCCGCCGCCGCGCUCCAUCCCGAUGCCUUCAGCCCAAGACCAAAGGAAGACUUGAAUUUCAUCAAUGCCCCAAGCUCCAACUCUUCCAUGACCACAAAGGAGCUCCAGGAAUAUUGGAAGAAUGAGAAAUGCCACUGCAAACCAGUCAAACUUCUCUUUGAAAUAUCAUCCACCAGGAUUGCCAAAAAAUAUUCCUCCAAAUAUGUGAUGUAUAAAAUCAUCGUCAUUCAGACAGGGAGUUUUGACAGCAACAAAGCCAUCUUGGAGAGGCGGUACUCAGACUUUGAGGUGCUCCACAAAAACCUCCUGAAGAAUUUCAGUGAAGAAAUCGAAGAUAUCAUCUUCCCCAAGAAAUACCUGACAGGCAACUUCACAGAGGAGAUGAUCAGUGAGAGGAAGCUUGCCUUCAAGGAAUACUUGAGUCUUCUGUACUCCAUCAAAUGUGUCCGCCGCUCCAGGGAAUUCAUUGACUUCCUCACCAGAGCAGAACUGAAGGAGGCCUAUGGCUGCCUGAGGGCAGGACAGUAUGUCAAGGCCUUGGAUAUUUUUAUCCAGGUGGUGCCCCUGCAAGAGAAACUCACCCGCCACUGUCCCAGCCUGGUGGUCCCGUCUCUGUGUGCCAUGCUGGUGUGCCACCGAGACUUGGAGCGCCCUGCAGAGGCCUUUGAGGUGGGUGAGAAGGUUCUCCAAUUGCCAAUGCACUCUAGCCAUAAGUACUAUGUCCCCUUUCUGGAGGCCAUGAUCCACCUGGCCUAUAUGCUGGGGAAGGACUUUGUCUCUUUGCAGGAGAAGCUGGAAGAAAGCCAGCUCCAGAAGGCCCCAGCCAGAGGCAUCACCUUGAAAGAGCUUGCUGUCCGAGAGUACCUGCACUAAAUGGUAGCUCACAUUCUGCAUGGCUUUGCAAGCAAGUCAGGUCAAGUCAACAAGGAUUUAUCAGCUCUUCCUAUGUGCCAGGAGCCAUACCAAUCACUAGGGAUGCAAGGACAGAGUCCCAUUCUAGUAAGGGAAAAGGCACAGAAUCCCACAGGUAAAUAACAGGUAGGAACAAAGCUACAGACAAACCCAAAAGCCACGGACAGAGCAGAUACGACACUGAGAGAGUAAGACAAUAGCAACUGGAAGGGCCCAGGAUCGCAGGUUAAGUGAGAUCUGAGUGGGGCCUUGAAGAUAGUAAGAGAAGCUGAGAGGCAGACCUGAGCGUUGCAGCUACUGCAGCAGGAUGGAGAGAGGACACUAGGUGUCAUUUGGCCCCUGAUGCAGACGGCUGCGAGCAGCUGAGAAAGAGCAUGUUGGGUGUCACGGCUCUGUCAGCACCUUUAGUGUGAAGUGGAAAGGAGGGAUGAGAAGCCAGUUGUCUGUCUGUCAGUGUCUCCAAAUUCCAGUUUGAUUUUAAGUAGAUGGAUAUUUCAAACUCCUUUGACAGACACAGAUUGUCCAAACCAAAUUUUUAGACUCCUAGUUCAGUGAGUCUCAAGAGAGGAUAGCAAGUGGGAUUUUGUGCAAGGUCUCUUUGCAUGUGGAAAUUAUUAUCCUUUUCCUCUUGAAUGAUGACAUAAAUAACUUGUUAAAAAGUGAUUUUUAAGUUUUUUUGAAGAGAUUGUCACCUCUCAGCUUCAUCUCGCCAAUGCCUUCACUUUUUCACAGCUUUCCUUAUUCUCUCCCCAAAAGCACAGCCACCAAACAGCCAGACCUUACACUACAUAGUUAAUAGAAUUAUUGAAUGCUCUGAGAAAAGGGACCAACUUCAAAAGACAACUUUAGGAAACCAAAGUCAAAGUGUCCUAGCUUCUGACCUGCAAGAGCUAUUGAGAACACUCAAUUCCCCACCCCAACCCCCCCAUCAGUGUUUCUUAAAGUAUCUCUCACCAAGUCACUGCCAAAAGCAUACUGAUCCAUGUCUGUUCUUCCAAAUCUAUCUGCAAAAAUCUCUCCUGCAUUGAUAUUAAUGUUGUCAUCUCUGAUUAUUUUCCUCUGGUUUCUUAUUGCUCCUCAUUAUUAACUUUUGUGCCCCUCUCUUUUCAUUACCAACAAAAGCAGCGGGUGCUUCGUUUCACAUGGGUUUUUUAGCCAGGUUGUAAACUACCUGAUGGCAGGGUGGAGGGCUUCUCCUGUAUUCCCCAUAGCACCUGUUACAGAGCUGGAUGUAAAAAGAAAUUCAAUAAAUGCUUGUUGACCUGAAUGAAAUUUGAGGAGGAUUGUAUUGAAGUGGUCUUGUUGAGAAACCUGUCCCCACCCCCUUGCCAACAGCAUAAAAAGGAAGCUCCAGUCGCUUUAAAGGAUAGGCUACUCUGGAGCCCUCACUUCACCAAUACAGCCUAAAACAUUCUAAGCCUAAAACAUACUCUAAGACAAAUAAAAAUAGCAUGGGACCAAAUGACUUCCUA